GUUUUACCCGGAUGUAGAAUUCUGACAUGGCUGACGCAAACAUCAACAAUCGGGAACCAAAUUUAGAAAACGUGCAAAAUCAAUUACAUAAAACUACACUAAGCAACGCAGAGACAGACGAUCAAUCUGCAAAUGAGGAAGUAGCUGAAAGGGAAAUAACACAGACUGACCAUUUAAACAAGCGACUUCUGGCCGCAUUUCUUAAUCGGAUAAAGGUACAAGGGCCAUCACCCGAACUUCCUCAGGUUGAGCCGGCGGAGAACGAGGAUUGUCCCGAUUGGGAGGAAGCAAGCGAGGAAACAGAGGAAGGCAAGUGAAGCAUGACCGAAAAAGCACUCAUCAUCGUGGGAAUCUCGGGGAUAACAAACAGUGGGAAAACUUCACUGACCAAGAAAAUCAAGGCUCAUUUGCCGGGCUGUCACACAAUUUGCCAGGACACUUACUUCUUGGAACCCCCGGAUCCACGCCUGACCCCGGUUCCAGAACUGGAUCAUUACAAUUUUGAUGAACUGAAUGCUUUAGACAUGAAUACAAUGAUAUCUGAUGUCCAGUCCUGGAUAGAUGCCCACUCCAUUCCACAGGAAUCCGCUCUCGAUGAUCUCUACAUAGACGUUCAAAAUAAUUCCACUCCACAGGAAUCCAUUCCCGGUGAUCUCUACAGUAAUGUACUAAUCCUUGACGGAUUUAGGAUGUUUGCUCUCAGGGAGUUGGAGCAGUACAUGCAGAAGAAAUAUUUUUUGAGAGUUCCCUAUGAAGUUUGUAAAGCAAGGAGAAGAACAAGGCAUUACACUCCGCCGGAUAAACCGGGAUAUUUUGAGAAAAUAGUUUGGCCCGAGUCCAUUACGCACCAAAGAGAAAUUCAGGAUCAAGAUGAUAUAGACAAAAUGUCAUGGCAAAGGCGACAUUACGGGCUAGACCAGUCGUAACUACUUGGCUAUUUCCAUAACCACAAAAGGAAGAGCGCGCGAUCCGAUUGGGGCUAGACAUUAGGGCCGCCAUUACUCAAACCAAACUGUACGUAUGGCGCCAUUUGAUUGGAUGCCUUGGAAAGCCAAAGCGUGAUAUUUUGAAGGCUUAGAAAUGCGACUAAAUCCGACAAGGGGGGGAUGAGAGUAAGCGAAUCGGACACUUGGCUAGCGAAGAUGCCGUAUGUCAUGCAUGUGAGACUUUCUUUUUCAAGAAAGAAAAGAUGUUUUGUUUUAUAAUGUUUUCCUCUUUUUGAUUUGAUGUUACAGUGUAUUACUCACAUGUGUUAAGUUUAUUUGCUGUCUAUGCCUCGCCGGGAUUGAUCACUUGUUCGCUAUCUUCACCUUUUCAUCAACCCAAUAUAUAACCGUAAAUAGUCAGUAACAAACCUAUUUUAAAAGUGAUUUAUUUUCUCAAGGACAUUAUGUGAUAAGAAGUCAAAAUACUUAUUCACAAGAACUGAUAAUCAAUGACCUAUUCAAUCUCAGAGUUACUCAAUAUUAAACUCUCUCCUCUCUCUCUCUCUCUCUCUCUCUCUCUCUCUCUCUCUCUCUCUCUUAAUUUUGAGUAAUUCAGAGGUUUGAACGAUAUAUAUGUAUAUGCACAUGUAUUAAAAAUAUCACAAAGCUGAUUGAAUGUACUCAAUGAUGUGUUUGCUAGUGUUAUUUGUGGAGCUUAAUAUUGACAAUGAAAGUAUAGUAACACUCUAAGAAUUCUCACAUACAAGCCAAUGUUUGAAUUUUG